AAGGACGUUAUGGAAGUGGUUGCUUCCUCAGCCGCGUUUUCGGAUUCCGUCCUCAAAAACAAACAAAUUUCUGCUAAAGUCCAAGCGAUUGACACAGACAUAGUUUGCACAGCAUUUGCUGACAAAACUUUCAUCAUCGUUACCCAACUUGGUAAAAUUGGAGGACUGAUACUGGUUACCAAGGACAACGUAGUUGGGGACUGCAAAGAGCCAACCUUCUCUGUCAGGGUUCUUUUGGGCAAGGACGACGCGGUGCACUGCGUGAUUGCGAGGAGGAUCGCGGCCGUGACGGGACUAGAGAAGCCCGUCCUCGUCGCGUUGGCGCUGAAGGACACGUCCGUGGCGACGGCUCGCGAGCUCGAAGAGCUGGUGCGUACCUGCUCCGUGUGGUGAUCCGCACGACCCCACCAUCGGCGCCG